AUGGACUUCUACUACCAGCACCAGGCCGCGCCGGCGCCGGCGAGGACGACAAGGCCGUGGAGCAAGGAGGAGGACAAGGCGUUCGAGGCCGCGCUGGUGGCCUUCCCGGAGCAGGUCCCCGACCGCUGGGGCCGCGUCGCCGCGGGGCUGCCCGGCCGCACCCCGCAGGACGCCUGGGAGCACUACCAGGCGCUCGUCGCCGACGUCGACCUCAUCGAGCGCGGCGCCAUCGACAUCCCCAGCUGCUGGGACGACGACUACGACGACGGCAACCAGUCAGCCGGGGCCGCCACGGACCGCCGCGCCGGCAAGCCCCGCGGCGAGGAGCGCCGCCGCGGCAUACCCUGGUCGGAGGAGGAGCACAAGCUGUUCCUGGACGGGCUGGAGAAGUACGGGCGGGGCGACUGGCGGAACAUCUCGCGCUUCGCGGUCAGGACGCGGACGCCCACGCAGGUGGCCAGCCACGCGCAGAAGUACUUCAUCCGCCAGGCCAACGCCGCCACCAGGGACUCCAAGCGCAAGAGCAUCCACGACAUCACCACGCCUUGAUUGACCGGCGGGCGACGGCGACCCACUCCCUUGUUUAAUCGCCCACUAGUUCACUACCGUAAUCUUAUCCUAUGUAGUGUAGCUACUUAUAAAUGACGUGUACAUUAUAUCCUACUCCAAGCUUAGUUAGCUUA